AUGGACAUAGACAUUCCUGAAGCGGCGGCCGCUCAGCCGCGGGCAACGCUGGAAGCGGAGCUGGCUUCGGUAUUUGAGGCUUUGCUAAAAGACGAGAACAGUGCGCAAGAGGUUGUCUCAAACAUAUACUUUUCAUGCCUCGGAAGGGUGGAAGCUCUCAGGGCGGAGGCGGCCAACCAGCUCCAUCGCCCAGCCCGCCACAUGGCCCUCAAAGCACUAGCUGAGGAGAUGGAGGCCCAGGCCGCCACGUGGCAGCUGCUAUUUUGCCUCUACUGCGAUCCGAACCCCCCCGCGGGUUUGGGCGGCUCCUCCGUGAUUGGAGUGGAGGACAGGGCGCUGUACCGGCAACGUCUGGCGGACCGGGUGGAAAAGGAGCCAGAGCUGGCCAGGUGUGCGCGAGUAGUGGCCUGGCUGGAAUCUCUGGCCCGAGAUGCCCUGAAGCGACAAGGCAUGGUGGCCUUUGCUCCAGGGGAGGGCCUGUGGCACGAGACCAAGACGGAGAUGAGGACCCGGGCAGGCGCCAUGGUUUCGGAGCUGGACCCCGAUGCCCCUGGCCGCACGGGCAAGCCCCUGCACCCGAGCAACGCCAGAUCGCAGGAGCGCAUCCUGGCUCGUGUGUGGCAGUGGAUGCGAGGAGGCAACCUGGUGGAAGGGGGGGACCUGUGUCGACAAGUGGGUCAGCCCUGGCGCGCGGCGGCGCUGGGCGGCGGGGGACUGUACGGCGCUGUGCCGGUUGGUAUCGUUGCCGAGGAGUACGACGCUGGGACGAGCUCAAAUGUGCAGGCGCUCCAAGCGGAAGAGCUGGCGGACGAGGUGGCAAACGGCUCGGGGACGUUGCUGGCGUUAUGGCGCUGGGCCGCACAACAAGCCGCAGCGGCACCCCCGGGGGACAAGUUUGAGCGGGCGGUGUUCGGGGCCCUGGGCGGCAGUACGGCUGCGGCGGCGCCUGCGUGCUCCAGCUGGGUGGAUUUUGCCUGGGUGUACUGCAGGUCCUGGUUGGAGACACAGACCCUCCGUCUGGUGCCCCGGCAGCCCCAGUCGGCGGGAGAUCUGGUGGCCGGGGACGCGGUGACAGCGGCUCUGGUGCGCUGCGGCGUCGCGCCAGCGGCGGCACAGCGCAGCGUCGAGGGCGCUAUGUCUGUGGUGAUGGGCAGCGCCGCCGGUGCCGGCGCCUCAACGGCGGCACCGGCAGCGGCGGCGCUGCUUGACGGCGACACGGGGCCAUCGUCGCGUGGUUUUGGCCAGUUUUUUGCUCAGCACGUAAUGUCACCGGCGGCUUUGGUGAACUCCGGACCGGUUGCCGUACAAGCCCUACGACAGUUGCAGGGUUUGCUCGUCCAGGGCGACAUUUAUGAGUUGGCGAGCCAUUUGUUUGCCACGCUUGUGGAUCGCCACAGCGGUGACGGAGCCGCCGCCAAUGCUUUUGGCGACGCUGACGGCAGUGCUGCGGAUGUUGGCGGCGGUCUUGUCGCCGCCUCCGCCAACCCUGAGCGCAGCCGGCGGACUUGCGUGCUCGCUGCCCACAUGCUGCUAGCGCUGGAGGGUCUUGGUGCACUGAUUCGCAAGUUGGACGUGGAUCCCAACUUCCUGGAGGCGCAAACUACCUUUGACCUGGCGCAGCGGCUGUUGGGUUUCUACACGGGCAUGUUGUUGGAGCAGGACCAGCUUAGCCUGGUGCCGCUGUACUUGUGUGUACUGCAACAGGGGCUGAGAUCCAGUAUGUGUAAGGAGCUGCUGGAGCUGCACACCAGGAGGCUGACGGGGGUUGACACCGUUCCAUCCGACGGCUCCGACCAGGUGCUCGACUCCCUGGCCCGUGCUGACAGGGAGUGUUAUGAGGCCCUUGUGGCACUGGAUUACUGGUUUCGGCGCUGCGUGGAGCGGCAACAGAAGCCGCUGGAGGAGAGGUCCAGCUUCCUGGAGACAGAUAUCCGGAAGGACGAGCUCCGGGUACAGUUGGCAACUUUCACUUUCGCCAGUCGCCAUAAUCGCGAGUACGGCCCACACCAGCGGGCUCGAGUGGCGCGUUGGCUGGCGCUGCCCCACAUCAUCGCCGCGGAGGCGGUGGCAGAGGAAGCUGCUGAGCUGGGGGCCGAGGUCGGCGAUGAAGCUGACGGCGCGACAGACGCGGCCGCGAUGACCGCGGCGGCGGCGGCGCGCCUGGAUCCGUGGUCGUAUUACGACGUCUUGGAAUUCGCAAACUGCCUCUGCUGCGAAUUCUCACUGGGUGAUAAUGUGACGGCGGCUGCAGGGCAUCGGCUUUUUGAUGAGGUGCUGCCAGAGGGCGACGGCCCCGUAUACCUCUUUGACCAGGACAGCAACGGCCAACAGCAGCAGGAGCAGGAGGGGAUGGGUAUGUACGGCUCGGAUCCGGGUGUCAUUGAAGCCCGGAGGGACUUGGCGGCUCAGCUCCGAGACCGCGCUGCUGAGGUGGCGCAAUGGCGGUUGUACUACCAUCUGGAUGCCAAGCUAGCGGCGUGGUCGGCACGGCACGAGGAGUACGAGCAGGCGCAGGCGACGGCGGUGCGGCGGCAUGACGAGGCUCAGGAGGUGGAUGAGGAUGCUGAGUUGGCGGGAGCGGCGGAGGAGCUUUUGCAGGAGGGCGUGGAGCUGCUACAUGACUUUCUGAUGCACCUGCUCCAGACAGGUUGGCAGCAGGAGCUCUCCACCUUUGAGAAGGCCUUGGCGCUCUCCGCCGCCUCGGCCGCUGAUGGUCUCAUGCUCAUGCGAGUCACCCUGACGGUGACAUGUCCCCCCGGGUCAGUGUCGGCACCGGUAGGCAGCCGGGGGGAAAACGAAUGGGGGCAGCCCACGGCGCCAUACCCAGAGCUCCAGGGCGCUGCGUUGUUGGAGUUCCGGCAAGCCCUGGAUAGCGGAUUGCGGCGGGCGGCUGCUGAGCGGCAAGUGGAGGUGGAGGUGGCCGAGGAGACGGGGCCGCAGGGGCACGGCCAUGUGAAGCUGAGCCUUGCAGUGCCAGCGGAGGCGAGGCAAUGGGAUGCAUUGGUGGGCCUUGUGUGUGGUGUGGUGCGGGGCGACCUGGACGGCGUUCCUCCGCUGCUGCUUGUGAGCUUGGAAGCGGACCGAGCCACUAGUCUGGCGGUAUGCAGGCGCUGCUGCCUCGGCCAGGUUGUCAUGCGCUGUGCCGGCCUGAGAGUAUCGCUGGUUGGGCUGGGAGCGGAUGCUGAGUCUCCGCAGGCUGGCUCGCAGCUGGUGCUUUUGCUGGGAGUGCCGGAUGAGGCUUCCGGGAUGGGCAUGGAGUCGGGGCUGCUGGAGCUCUUGAGCCCGUCACAGUUGGCUAACGUCCUGGCGGUGGAGUCGGUUACACAGGUUCUGCACAUGCGGAACCUGGAGCGGUACAGGCAGCGGGAGGAGGAGAUGCUUCGGUAG